AUGGAUCUUGGAAGCGAGCGACUCAAGGAGGUUAAAAGAAGGGUCCCCUUCCUAUCUUCACGGAGUCACUCGCCUUUGUUCAUCUCGUCGGAACGAAAGAGAGCCGAGCGUAUUGGAGCAGUGGUGGCGAACGGUGGGAUAAGAACUGGGAAAGGAAGCAAAAAUCCGAGGACUAUAGAAAGUCGACUUUUUGUAUCCAACCUGACCAAUACUUCAGAAUCAUUGCACAAAAAAUUCAGCUUGUUCGGAGUUUUUUUCAGCAAAAAGUAUCUGGUGACUGGACUAGCGAGACAACAGGAAAAACUCCAGGGCAGCGCAGUUCUAAGAACUUCUGAUAAAGUUCUCGUGGCUAGCAUUAUAUGGCAACUCCAUAAUUCAACUCUAGAGUGGGCUUAUAGCGGAAAUGAAAUAUUAAACGAAUUUAAUUGGACGGUUUCUCUUUGCCAAAUAACUGAUUGGUCAUUUACUUCAAAACUUGAUGGAAAAUGGACGUUCCAAUUGGGCAACUUGAUACUUGACCAGCCAUUCGGAAGGAAAAUAAUUGUUCUGGACACUCCUUUUGAAAAACAAGUGGAAUUUAUAAAUUUGCGGACACAAAAUAUACCUGAAUUUGACAAUAAUCGAAUUCCUGAUGAUAAAAAGUAUCUGAGAUUGAGACGUUCCAGAGUUGACAAAGAAAAUUUUUCACAUUCAAAUGCCACUCCAGCUGAGAAAUGGGAGAUUGUUCAGGCCGUUCUUGACAGAGUUUUUGGCAAUAGCGAAGACAUAAGACGCAACGGCUGGGUGUCUCAUUUGAACAUUUUCAACAUUUUGGGCCGAAUAUUCGGCCUGGAUCAGCUGUUCAACAGAUCGCCUCUAGCGCCGACUACCACUGAAGCAAAUUCAGCCACUGAGCCCGACGCUGAGACUGUCAACACUAACUUUCUCAGACGAUUUCCCGGCGCUCGUAUCAAAUCUUAGACGGAUAUUUAUUUAACUUACCCUAAAUACUGAUAAGGCAAAGGUAGCCUAUAUGUGAAGGAUUGAUUUGAAUCUAUCUAGUGGUGUAAUUAAUAGAUAAAAUAAAACUUGCUCUUGCUUUAGAAGAAUGUCAUUUAUCGAUAGAUCCUUAGUGUAAAUCUAUAUUGUUCUAGAAAUAAUAAACAAGUGAAGUUUAAGUUUUUAUUAUAAAGAACAAACAACUGUACAACCCAACUGGAUAAGAGUCCAUUGUGAAAAAUAACAAUAAAAUAUUAUU